AUGGGUCGAGAUGAAGAUAACUUGAAUGCGUCGAUAGCUCACGUUGUGUUAUGUUGUGUCGCCGGCCGGGGAAUCAGUCGCAUGCACGGCAGAAGUUACACACAUCCCGGGAUGCAUGCGAAUUUCUUCGUUCACGGAAUACUCGGGUUUCUGCAUUACCAAAGCGGCAGAUUCAACAACGACUUCAACGAUGCGUACACAAUAAGUUAUAAAGCAUCAAGGUAUUUAGCUUUGCCGUGUUUGAUGGCCGACUUGUACCGCGGUAACCAGGCUUUGAGCGCGAUUCACCUAGUAUCCGGUAUUGUUCCAUUUGCUUUGGCACUUGCCGGUGACGACAACGCACAUCUCGGUAAUCUGGUUAUAGCUUGUAAUAUAAUAUCUUUGGGGUAUUAUUCGAUUCAGUAUAACAGGGAGUGGGGCUGGUACACAGCUGGGGCUGGAUUGUUGGCGUAUUUCGUGGCUCCCCCCUCGGGCUUGCGGGUGAUGUAUCCUUUGAGUUUGGCGCUGAUGGAAUAUUGUGCAUAUAGACUGUUUCACAUUCACAUAGACGAAUCUCAGUAG